AGUGCCGAUUCUUAUCCUCAGCUCCCGGGACAACACUUCACACACCUUUCUCCCCUUCCAAUCUCAGCGAUACGGCCGAGCUCGACCAACGGCGUCCACACAUCCAGCAAGUAGCAGGAUGGCGGGGCGGCUUGCUGCCGUGCCGGAGUUGACCACCGCGGGCUUCACUACUCCGUCCCCGCCGCUCAGCGUCUACCGUGAGUCGAUUCGAAGCGUCGCCGUGUCCGGAGGGAAAAUUACAGCGACUGUCUUCUCCCACUCCGGUAAUACCGAACACAGCCGCUCGGGCGACUCCGGUUCCGGUGCCUCUGGUUCUUACCCGUCCAACAACUCCGGCUCCGGCUCCUCCUCUGGUUCGGUCCACGCUGCCGCGGCAGACUACGGUGCUCACGAGCUCACGAAGAUCGCCCGCCGAAUGGUCAGCGACGGGUACACCCAGCGCAUGGUCAGUGCAUUCGAGUACGGCAGUGGCUCGGACCGUGCGCUAGAGGCUUGGUUCUUCGAGCUCGACGUGGACUGGGUUCUCCAACUCCCCGACGGCGAUGGCUCAUGGCGGCAGUUCCAGAUCCAAGACUUGGUCAAGAGGUGGAUUCGAGCAUUCAUCACAAUCGUCGCCAGUAUCAAGGAGGUGGCCAUCAACGUCCACGAGGCGACGGCGGUCGCACAGUUCGGCAAGGCGAGCAUCGCCAAGAUGUUCGUCUUCAUCGACGCCAUCACCUUUGCAAGUAAGGAGGAGAAGCUACGCGCUGUGCUGGACAUGUAUAUAUGCGUCUCGAGUGCAGAACAGAUGUUUUCGCCGGAAGUCCAAGUCAAAUUCAUGGGCUUGAGCAAGAAAAUAUUCAUGGACAUAGGCGGCUCGUUGCCCAGAGAAGUGAAGAGGUUGAGCAAGGCCAUAUACAGCACGGUAAUGGAGGUGAGGGCGUUCGUGGAGGAGGACGACUCGUGGGCCAUCGAGAUUCCAAGAGGGAGAGGCGACAUCCACAGGAACACAUGGUUGAUGGUGAAUUGCAUCAAGUCCAUGCAAGAUAAAGCACGGCACCACGAAACCGAAUACCUCCGUGGCCUAAUAGCUGAUUCCGUCCGUUAUCUCAAGGACCUGCUCUUGAGAAAGUCGGAGCAAUGCUCCGACCAAAGCCUGAGGUACCUGUUCCUGCUCAACAAUUCCUAUUUGGUGGCAAUGAUGGUUGAGCCAUGGUCGCUCAUGGUUGAGUCAUGGUCUAGAGACGAAUGGAGACCUGCCCCCGAAUGCCUGAAGUACAUGAAUGAAUAUCUCCAUGUUUCUUGGGGGCAUGUGCAGUCCCACAUACCGAAAAUGGCCUUCAUGGAUGGCUACCUUGACGGUUCUCGACGUCGGCUACAUAUGUUGUUCUGCAUGCUUGCGCCGCUCCAGCAUCGGAAGAACACCGCUUCACUGGCUAAAUUCGAGUCAGCGUUUCACAAAACUUACGAGGCCCAGAAGUUCUGGAAGGUGCCGAAUCCUCAGCUCAGGGAUGAGCUGCGGAGAACAAUCAUAGAGAGGGUCGUGUCAGGUUACCGCUGUUACCUGGAGAAGCAUCCGAAGCUAGAGAAACAGGUGAGGGGCGGAAGCGGAAGCAGCAGUCCCGACGUGUUCGAGGAAAUGCUGGGAGAGCUAUUUGAAGGAUAAAUUAAAAGCACCAGGUACCGCAUCAAGUGGUUGCCCGCUAUUAAUAUCCGUGGGUAUGUUUUUGUCUGAUUUCCUGAUUUUUGGGCGUUGUGGCUUGCUGGUCCUCGAUGCCGAUGGAGCUGAAGAUGGAAUUCAGAUCGGAAGAAAUCUUUAGCUGGUCCUGGUCGGCGAUGACCGCGGCGACGCCUGAAGACGCCGUUUCCUCUUCAUGGAGAUGUUCGUCGGAUCUGUCUAUACCUUCACCAUGCCCUUUUAUCUCCCAGGUGAAAGACCAAACUAUGGUGGGCGGCGACGGCGUCUUUAAUUUGGCGUCGUUCCUUUUCUAAAGGCGUCGCCUUUGGAGUUAUGUGACUAGUGGACACCAUUCGAUUGACGUUGAAGACGACCUGGAUCAGGAGGUGGUGUGGCAUGACAUCUACCACGUCAAUGACGGCGAGUCCUAACGGCGUGGUGCAACAGAGUCUCGGCAUCAGAUGCGUUUUGAUGGACGUGUAUAGGAAAGUGGCAUUAUUAUCUAGCGCCAUCGUGGCGUCAACGGCAAGCCUGGCAUGGUCGAUGCGGCAUUACCUGCUCUGAAAAAUGGGUCAAUGGAAGACCGCAACGGCGGAUUCUGAGAGUGUGUCGGACCGGUGUGUGCCCCUGACCCGACAGGCGGUUUGGUGGGGUCUCCGGCUUUAGAAGUUAUGCUUUGGUACGAGAUAUGUUUGGUAUUUGGUUUGGACUAUUGGCACCCCUUCAUAACUGGAUACGAGUACGAUAGAUGUUGUUAAAAUGGUAGCUUCGAACUGACUGAUGUAAUACUUUAUAAGGUCUUUGUAAAUAAUUAAUAAAAUGGUUGCAUGCAUCAUCUAGAUA